UUAUAUUUCCCUCUUUAUAUCCCGUCUUAAAAACUUCCUUCACCGCGAUGUCUGCUAAAAAAAUGAGUAGCGAUCGGGAUAAUCGACCUCAGGAAGAAACAACAGAUAUUAAAGAGUUACUUAAAGUACUCAUUCAGUCUCAAGCUAAACUUGCAGAUGCUCAAGCACAGCAAGCAAAAUCUCAAGAAAAUAUUCAAAAUCAAAUGUUAGAGCAAACAAAAUCUCAAGAAGAUGUUCAAAACGAAAUUCUAGAGGUUCUAAGAAGCAUUAAAAGCGCUGGUAGUAGUCAAGAUGAUGAUGAUGAUGAUGAUGAUGAUGAUGAUGGUGAUGGUGAUGGUAACAACGAUGAAGAGACACCAGAAGUUGGAAAGGACGGAGUUCUGGAAGCAAAGUAUUAUCCGGAUAGGAAUAAUAUAUUACUUGAAGGUGAUUGCAAAAAGACGAUUGAGUUUCUUAAGAAAAAUCCUACAGCUCUUGAACAAGGGGUAACACCUACCUCAGAUACAGUAUUGCAUGUAGCUAUAUUUGGGAAGAGAGAGAUGAUACUUGUUGAGGAAAUUGUGAGUAUGAUGUCGCAAGAAUCACUUGAAUAUCAAUCAAGUGAUUAUGGAUUUACAGCACUUCAUUACGCUGCUCAGUAUGGAAACCUCAAAGCUGCUAAAUUGAUGGUUAGGAAAAAUCCUGGGUUGCUGCGAAUACUUAGUAAGAAAGGGUAUACUCCAUUGGAAAUAGCUGUUUCUUUUGUUACAACUGGACAAAAGGAGGUAGUUAAAUAUCUUUAUUUUGUGACACAAGAUGUGUACCCAACUCUGUUCUCGGGAUAUGACGACGGUGCUGGUCUAUUAUGCGACUUAAUUGAGGCCAAUUUUUAUGAUAUGGCGCUCUGCCUUGUUAAACAGUUACCUGGUGUGGUUAUGGUGAAAGCACCAACACAGAAUAUGUGUGGGUUGGAGAUGAUGGCUCGAAGGCCCUUUGCAUUUCGAAGCGGCACAAAGCUGACAUGGUGGCAGAACCUCAUCUAUUUAUUAAUAUGUAUCCAACCAACAGAACCAAAUAAGUGCCGGGGCACAGAAUGCAUCAAUAGGGACGAAGAGAACCCUUCGCCCAAAAGCUUAGAUUGCAUCGAAGCCUCCUCAUCAACUACUUAUAGAGGAAUCCUUGUGCCCUACUUUAGAAGAGUACUUGGUCUUGAAAGAUUAUACAACCAAAAGGUGAUGCACCAACAAGCAAUCGCAUUGAUUGAACAAAUGUUAGUGGAACUUCGUAAAAGAACUCAGGAAGUAAAAUUAUUAAAGUUUAUGAAGGAUAAUCCUAACAUCAUGAAGGUAGCUGUAAAGCACGGAAUCACAGAAUUCGUAGAGGCGUGUCUCGGAAAGUUUGAUUACCUGAUAUGGCAUCAGUUACCGAAAGAAACAUUGCUAAAAAUGGCUAUUACAGAACGAAAAGAAAUAAUAGUGAACCUCAUAUGCGAUACUGGUGAUGAACUUGAAGAGAAGAUCGAUCUUGUUACUAGAAGAGAUGGCAGGGACAAUACCAUUUUGCAUUACGCUGCCAAAUUAGCGCCUCCUGCUCAGCUCAAUUUGGUCUCAGGUGCUGCGCUUCAGAUGCAACGAGAAAUGCAGUGGUUCAAGGGGGUGGAAAGUAUUUUACGGGAAAGUGAUAGGUUAAGGAGAAAUAAUAAGGGAGAUACAGCUCAAAUGAUAUUUACAAAGGCACACAAAGGCUUGAUGAAGGAAGGAGCAGAAUGGUUACAGGAUACAUCUGGAUCGUGCAUGAUAGUUGCUGCCUUAGUUGCUACUGUAGCAUUUGCAGCUGCUUUCACGGUUCCAGGAGGUAAUAUUAGUGACAGUAAUGAUCCUUUGAACGGUACCCCAAUAUACUUGGGAAACCCCUCAUUUACGGUGUUUUUGGUGGCAGAUGUCUUAGCUCUAUUCUCUUCGAUCACAUCAGUGCUUAUGUUCUUAGCUAUAUAUACUUCGCGGUAUGCAGAAAUGGAUUUCCUAAAAUCUCUACCCCAAAAAUUAAUAUUUGGUCUUGUAACUCUCUUUAUAUCUGUGGUGGCUAUACUGGUAGCUUUCGGCGCAUCAAUGUUUAUCGUGGUUGGAAGUAGAUAUGGGCAAGCUUUAAUUCCAAUAACAUUGUUCAGUUGUUGUCCUUUAGGCUUGUUUGCAUGGUUGCAGCUACCAUUAUUUGUUGAAAUGGUUUGUUCUACAUAUUGGGGUAGCCUCUUUCAUAAACGCAGAUAUGUCGGUCAUUCCUCUAAGAAGAAUAAGAAUGAUAGCAAAUGGAGGAAAAAGAACAAGGAAAAUGAACAACAAAAAGAAGGAAAAUAUACCGAAACGAGCUAGGAAAAACGCUCAGAUCGUUGUGAUCAUAGUAACUAAGUAAG